CGCUAAUGUCGUGCGAUGAAACCGUAUGACGGCGCAUCUGCAGAGGACCAACGGCGGAGCAGCAGCAUCAGCGGAGGCUGCACUGUGCGGUCGGCGUGACGUCGCGACGGCACCGCUAUUUAACCGGAGAAGCUUCGGGGGCGCUCAGCAAGCACUGUAUCGGAGAGGACGAGGCGUGAAAAGCACCAUCACCAUCACUACCAACAACAACAACAAGGGGUUUAUAGGGGUCGGCGAAUUGAUCAGCGGGAGGACGCCGAUUUUGGCCCCGCCUCACUAUUAUGAGUGUGUUUAAUUUUCUGCUGGUCAUCAGUCGGUGCGCCGCUCUUAUUCUAUGACUGCAGGUUUUAUUUUACAGACGUUUCACUUAAUGAAUUAAUCCCAUCGAUUACACUAAAAGAUGGACAGAAGCGAGCCGACUCUAUUCCUUGUGGUGGAGGAUUCAGGCGGAAAGGGAUUACGAAGGUUUGCGUGAACUGCAGAGCUGCGGAGACUGGCAAGUGUUUCUGCUUUAUAUCCCUUUCAACAAAAAAAUAUAUAAUGAUGUCUUUGCACAUCUCGAAUAAAAUGCGAGUCGUCCUUUUUGAGGAAUCAGAGGAAGAAAAACACUUGUGCUGCCUGCGCAUCCCUUGGUGAACGAAGGUUUCAUUCUUGUCAUAAUAAUACUAAUUACAUCUUUUUUUAUGUUUUAAUAAACAAACAAAAUAAGCAAUACCAAAGCAGAAUACAUCAAGAGCUUGCUGGGAUACAAUUACUGAUAACAAACCAGGAAGUGUUUCCUGAAAUCAGUGGACAUUCAGCAUCUAAAACCAAGGUACUACUGGCAAGAUGAUGGAGCUCCAGAUUGAGGAGGUUGUGUACCAGGAUGACUAUGGCUCUGGGUCAGUGGUGUCAGAGCGUGUGUCUGGCAUGGCCAACAGCAUCUACAAGGAGUUUGAGCGGCUCAUCGACACCUAUGAUGAAGAGGUGGUCAAGGAUCUGAUGCCGCUGGUAGUGAACCUGCUGGAGAACCUGGACGCAGCACUUAUAGAGAACCAGGAGCAUGAGGUGGAACUGGAACUUCUCAAGGAGGACAACGAGCAGCUGCUUACCCACUAUGAGCGGGAGAAGGCUCUGCGGAAGCAAGCCGAGGAGAAAUUCAUGGAGUUUGAGGAUGCCUUGGAGGCGGAAAAGAAGGAGCUCCAGCUGCAGGUGGAGGUUCUGGAGCUGCAGGGGAAGCAGCUCGAGCACAGGACCAAAAGCUACGCGGACCAGAUAUCCCGCCUCGAGGAGCGGGAAUCAGACAUGAAGAAAGAGUACAACGCUCUUCACCAGAGGCACACAGAGAUGAUCCAGACUUACGUGGAACACAUCGAAAGGUCCAAGAUGCAGCCGGUGGGGGCCACACAGUCAGAGAGUAUUGGAAGAACUAUUCCUCAUAGUCAGCGGCCCAUGUGGAGAAAAAGCAAGGCUGAACGGCCGCCUUCACUCAACCUGUUCCCAAGCACCGAGGGGAUGGUACGUGGGUGUCAGGGGGGGCCUAGGAUGCCGCUGGGGCCUGACGUUUCGCAGGUCAGCAGCCACAGCCAGCCCCACAUUGCCUCCAGUCACAAGGAUGAUGCGUCUGAAUCGGGCCAGUCCUCUGUGCCUGCCACUCCCAGCAGCCUCGGCACCAAGUCGAACACACCCACCUCCUCUGUACCCUCGGCCACGGUCACGCCACUCAACGAGUGCUUCCCGCCCAUGCCGGGCUUUGACAUGUCAGGCUUCGUGCACGGCAACAGCAGGACGAGGAGCACCAAGCGCCUAAGCAGAAACAUGGAGGUGCAGGUCACUCAGGAAACCUGUAACGUCAGCAUCGGUAUGGGCAGCAGUGAUGAAUGGUCUGAAAUCCAGGAGAUCUCGACUCCUGAGCUUGAUAUGUGCAUGGAUCCGCACAUUUAUGGGGGCGGAGACAGCACCUUCCAGGGCAUCGUCAACGAGGCUUUCGGCAUCAACACAGAGUCUCUGUACCACGAGAUCAAAGACGCCAAGUCUGACAUCAUAGGGGACGUGGACGCAGGGGCGGAGCUGCUUGGGGAGUUCUCAGCGCGUGAUGAUUACUUCGGGAUGGGAAAGGAGGUGGAGAACCUUCUGGCAGAGAACAGACUACUCCUGGAGACCAAGAACGCCUUAAACAUCGUCAAGAAUGACCUGAUCGCCAAGGUAGACGAGCUCUCCAGUGAACACGAUGUCCUAAGGGAGGAACUGGAGGCUGUCAAGCAGUCCAAGCUCAAAGUGGACACCAGGGUCAAGGAGCUGGAGGAGGAAAUGAGGAGGUUAAAAGCUGAGGCACUGGGAGCCGACUCCAAAGACGAUAGAGGCGAGGAUUACUCGUCUCCGCUCCAGGACGAUGUGCCCAUGGCCCAGCGGAGGCGUUUCACCCGGCUGGAGAUGGCAAGGGUCCUCAUGGAGCGCAACCAGUACAAGGAGAGGCUGAUGGAGCUGCAGGAGGCGGUGCGCUGGACCGAGAUGAUCAGGGCUUCCAGGGAAAACAAUCCCCAAAUGCAGGAGAAGAAGAAAUCCACGCUCUGGCAGUUCUUCGCCCGGCUCUUCAGUGCCUCCUCCAGUCCCCCACCCCCAAAGAGGCCCUACAACAGUGUCAGCAUCCGCUACAAGUCGCCAUCGCUGUCUGGCCUCUCCCACCCACUGUGCCCAAGCUCCAGCUCCAGCCGCACGGAGUUCUUCCCCGAAGACGGCUGCGUGCUGUCCGCCCGGAGAGAGCAGCGGCGCGAGCAGUACCGCCAGGUCCGCGAGCACAUGCGCAGGGAGGACGGGCUCAGGCAGGCCUGCGGCUGGAGUGUGCCACCCCGAUUCAAACAGCUGAGUCCCAAUGAGAAGGAAGACAACCGUGUGAAGAAUGUGCCGGUUCCUGUGUACUGUCGCCCGCUAGUGGAGAAGGACCCCACUAGAAAGCUGUGGUGUGCAGCUGGGGUGGAGCUGACAGGCUGGAAGGGAGAUCGGCAUGAACUCACAGCCAGCGGGGUGCUGAAGGCCACAUGUGGGGGUGCAGACCCCCUGAUGGCCGAGGCCAAUGGAGAAGAGAACAAGAGCAGCCACAUGUCCCCUGAGAAGAAGAAGGAGCUACGCGAGGCCGAUUCCAUGGGCAGCCGAGUCUGGAUACUGACGAGCACGCACUCUGCCAGCAGCGUGGUCAUCAUCAACGCCAGCCGGCCGGGCUCCCUGGUCGACCAGUUCAACGUCUGCAAUGCCCACAUACUCUGCAUAUCCAGCGUGCCAGCUGCCAGCGACAGGGACUACCCAGCGGGAGAGAUAUUCCUGGAGCAGAGCGGUGGGGACCUGGAGAAGUCAGGGGGAAUGGAGGACGUGUUGGCCGGCAUCACGUUGGUGGGCUGCGCCACCAACUGCAGCGCGGUGCGGAGCAGCUGCUCGUCACGCACCGACACGCCAGUGCUGGACAAAGGGCAGGGCCCCGUGGCUCCAGUGCUCAAUGGCAAGGCGAAUGCGUCCCAGCCUGCCGAGAAGGCCACUGAGGCAACGGAGGUGCCGGAUGCCCCCGGGGUGCAGGAGGCAGGGAGCCAGUCGAGGCCCUUCACCGAGCAUGUCUUCACCGACCCCCUGGCCCCCACUGGCAGCACCACUGCUGGCAGGGAAACAGUACCACCGAAAGAGGCCAUGAACGGGACGACCCAUGAAGCAGAAGAAGGGGGUGGAGAAUCCAGAGGCGGCACCAGUGCCGCCCCCACCAUGUGGCUGGGAGCCCAAAAUGGCUGGCUCUACGUUCACUCUGCUGUCUCCAACUGGAGGAAAUGUCUGCAUUCGAUAAAACUAAAGGAUUCUGUCCUCAGUCUUGUGCACGUGAGGGGCAGGCUGCUGGUGGCCCUGGCAGAUGGGACACUCGCUAUCUUCCACAGAUCUGAAGAUGGUCAGUGGGACUUGAGCAACUAUCACUUGAUGGACCUGGGCCGGCCACGCCAGUCCAUCCGCUGCAUGGCCGUGGUGUACGACAAGGUGUGGUGUGGCUACAAGAACAAGGUGCAUGUUAUCCAGCCCAAGACCAUGCAGAUUGAGCAAUCGUUUGAUGCGCACCCACGCAAGGAGAGUCAGGUUCGCCAGCUGGCUUGGAUCGGGGACGGUGUAUGGGUGUCCAUCCGGCUAGACUCCACGCUACGGCUCUACCACGCCCAUACCCACCAGCACCUGCAGGACGUGGACAUUGAACCUUACGUCAGCAAGAUGCUUGGUACAGGCAAGCUGGGCUUCUCCUUUGUGCGAAUCACAGCGCUCCUGAUUGCAGGGAACCGUCUGUGGGUGGGAACUGGGAACGGAGUGGUCAUCUCUAUUCCACUUACAGAGACUGUAGUCCUUCACCGGGGACAGCUGCUGGGAUUAAGGGCUAACAAGGUGUCCCCGACCUCAUCCGGUGGCGUGAUCCACGUGUAUGCCGACAGCAGCUCAGAGAAGACCAGCGGCAGCUUCAUCCCCUACUGCUCCAUGGCUCAAGCACAGCUCUGUUUCCAUGGACACCGUGAUGCUGUCAAGUUCUUCGUCUCGGUUCCAGGCAAUGUGCUGGCCACCCUGAAUGGCAGUGUACUGGACAGCCCCACAGAGGACCCUAACUCAACAGCACCCCCGGAGGCUGAUGAUAAGGCUAUUCACAAUGCAUUGGUGCUGAGUGGUGGGGAAGGCUACAUUGAUUUCCGUAUAGGGGAUGGAGAAGACGAUGACACUGAAGAAGGCUCUGAAGAGGCCCCACAGAUCAAGCCGGCACUGUCAAAAGCUGAGAGGAGUCACAUCAUUGUAUGGCAGGUGUCUUACGUACCCGAGUGACACUGGAAUGGCCAUAUGGCCCCUCCCUGCCUCCCUGUGUCUAACCCCCACCUUGACAUGCAUGUCCUCUCCACCUCUAAGAGCCCGACGGCAACCACCCCUAUAGCUCACCAGCCAGAGGUGAAAUCUGCUGCCCUGCUGAAAACUCAUCCUCAGAACAAACACUAUCCUCACCUUAAAAUCCGAUCUACUGUUAUUUAAUUAAAUACACUAUUUUAAUGUCUUCAAUGUCUUGUACUUUACUUCUGGCCACAUGGGGCGGAUGUAUAACAGGGAAUGACUUCAGCUCGUCCCCUAAUCUGCCUAAAUCCUAAACUAGAAGCCAUUAUGAAUAACAGUCAGGGAUAGUAUGUCCUGCCUGAAAGGACAAUUUGGAAAAUUUUGGAAGAAACGAAAAAAGCUACGAAUAUAGGAGAGAUGGGAUGUGCGUCAGUCAGUAGGAACCCAUGGAAAAUGAAAUAAAGAUAAAAAGAUGAAAGAUAGUUCACAGGUUAUUUUAACAACAUGGUUAAAAACUGUAAGUCAUGCAUUCAGAUGGGUAUAUAUUUGCUGUAUAUUUUACUAUGGACGGAUUUUUGAAGGAUAUUACACGCUAAACACACGGCCUGAAUAUUAAGCCUAAAUAGCAGUAAAUUUAUCAUAUUCUGUAAAAUGAGGCCGAAAGGUUGGAACAGACUUUGAAAAUGCAUGCAGCAAGAUAAUUAUAUAUUCUGGAGUAUAUUUUAAUAAACAGAGUUGGUAAUCCUAGAUGUUUUUCCUACCGUCAAAAAUAUCCACUGAGGUUUAUUUGGUACUCAGAAUGUAUUCAAAACAAAUGCAUUCCAGUAUAUCAUUAAAGAAAUAUAUCUAACUUCCCCAUUUGGGAAGAUAACAAUAAUCUAAAAUAACACAGUCAGGGUUUGUAAUGUAUAUUGAUCAUAAAGUUUCACAAUAAGAGAUAUAAAAGAAAAGUCAGUUUGUCAACAUAAAGAGCUCAUAAGUUGCACUUUUUGGUACAACAUCGAGCACAUGCUAUUUUUAAUGGUAAAUGUUUUGGGGACCAACACUGUAUUUGCUCUCUUUAAGCUUAACAGUGAAGUACAUGUUUUGAACUGCAGGAGACCACCCACCAAAGAGGUACACUCAGCACUAAACCAUAAUCAUCAGUUAACCCAACUGGCGAACCGCCAAACAUUAUACCCUAUCUUCAAAAAAUGAUGCUGCUGUGUUUUUCUGUACAGACUCUUUAUAGCCUGUUCGCAGUCAGACAGCACACCACCUGACGGACUACUGCCCCCUUGUGGCCAGUUGUAAACAGCUCGUGCCCAAUCGGUUCUUCCAGCCUCUUAAUGUGUUAAUGAUGUAAACCUUCCUAUCAUUAAAGUGGCAAUGUUGUUAUACAGUUAUAAGCUGUAAAGGCACUCCUACUUAUCUGCAUCCCUUCCGCUCACCCUGUAUUAAACUCAUCAAAAGUCUCUGUAUGUAAUAAACAUAUUCAUGCUAUGAAA